GACAAGGUCGUUACUCUGCCUACCAAUCGACAAAAGAAAAACUUGCCAGGCAUCAUGUCCAACUCUGAAAUCACUCCCCCUGAAUUCGAUCCUGCAAAGCCAAAUGGCGGCAAUUCCUUGGAGGAGGAUGUCAACGCCCAGUACGCUGGCCUCGAGUUUCACUACGUCUACCUCAUGGUCUGCGCCUUUCUCGUCUGGAUGAUCAUCCCUGGUAUCGGCUUUCUCUACAGUGGUCUGGCACGCCGCAAGUCUUCGCUCUCGUUGUUGUUCCAAUCCUUCGCCGUUGCUGGCGUCGUUUGUCUGCAAUGGUGCUUUUGGGGCUACUCCCUUGCCUAUUCAAGAUCCGCAAGUCCUUUCAUCGGUGACUUGGCCAACUUUGGAUUGAAGAACGUGGUUGCUGCUCCCUCGCCCGGGUCCGCUCUUCUUCCCGAGAUCAUCUUUUGCUUCUAUCAGAUGUUGUUUUGCAUCUGCACGGUAGUGCUCGUCAUCGGUGGGAGCUUUGAGCGUGGUCGCAUUCUACCCUCGAUGAUUUUUGCCUUCUGUUGGGCAACCAUUGUCUACUGCCCCAUUGCCUGCUGGACCUGGAACGGAAAUGGCUGGCUGUAUAACCUUCCGUCGUUGGACUUUGCUGGUGGAGGCCCUGUCCACGUUGCUUCCGGGUGGUCUGCUCUCGCAUACGCUUUCGUUCUAGGAAAGCGUGUUCACAAGGGCGACAAAAUCCAUGGCAAACCGCACAACACAACGCUCGUCUUCAUUGGAACCUGCUUCAUUUGGUUCGGUUGGUUCGGUUUCAACGGCGGCUCCGCUCUCAACGCCUCGAUUCGUUCUGCCAUGGCUGUCUUCAACACCAACUCGGCCGCCUGCUUCGGCGUUCUGGGGUGGGUCAUGGUCGACUACAUCCGCAGUCGGGGCCGCUUCUCUCUCGUCGGCGCUUGCUCUGGCGCCAUCGCAGGACUGGUCGGCAUCACGCCCGCCGCUGGCUACGUUUCUGUUUGGCUUGCAGCGCUCAUCGGGUUCCUCACGGGCGCCAUUUGCUCAGCUUGCAAGAAUAUUGAUCAGUGGAUCCGCAUCGACGAGGGAAUGGACGUGUUUAAAUUACACGGAAUCGGCGGCAUGACAGGAUCCUUCCUGACCGGCAUCUUCGCACAGAAGUGGGUCUCAGCCCUCGACGGCUCGUCCGCCUACGAAGGCGCUCUCGAUGGUGUAGGCGUGCAGGUUGGUCGCCAGCUGGCAGAAAUUUGCGCCAUAUCAUCCUACAGCUUCGUCGUCACAUGCAUCUUAUUAUACGCGCUCAAAUUUAUCCCCUUUAUGCAUUUGAGGGUCACCGAAGAGGCCGAGAUGAUUGGGUUGGACGUCGAUCAGUUCUUUGACGAGCAGAUUGGAGAUUGGAGCAUGUUCGAUCAGAACGCAGCACUUGAUGGCGUUACAGCACCAAAUAGCUCGCAGAGUGUUAAUCGCGUGGAGGAACCAUCUGCCAAGGCAUGAUCCAGCUGUCGCUGUUCGCGGUUGCUGCCAGGUGCUCCUGUCACGAUGGACGCCGAGCCGAUGCGUCUACUUCUCUCUCCUUUGUUUUGAGAAUUGCUGCAUGGUAUCUCUAUUCGUAACAUAUACGCUAUUUAAUA